GGAACCGGGACAGGAACCGAGACCGGAACCGGAGCUGGAACCGGAAGCUGGGCCCAGGCCCGGAGCGGGGAUGGAGGCGCCGCUGGAGCGGCCCGAGCUGAGCUUCGAGGAUGAGGAGGUUCAGCACGAGGAGGAGCUGCUCCGGAGCCCGUUCUCUGUGCGCUGCUGGCUCCGCUAUGCCCAGAGCCGCAGGAAGGGACCUCGGCACCGGCUCAACCUGCUCUUCGAGCGCGGCCUGCGGCAGCUGCCCGGGAGUUACAAGCUGUGGUACCAGUACCUGCGGCACCGCCGGCAGCAGGUCAAAGGUCGCUGCCCCACAGACCCAGCCUAUGAGGAGGCCAACGCCUGCCAUGAGCGAGCCCUGGUCUUCAUGCACAAGAUGCCGCGCAUCUGGCUGGAUUACUGCCAGUUCCUGGUGGAUCAGGGCCGGAUCACACGGACACGUCGAACCUUCGACCGGGCGCUGAGGGCUCUGCCCAUCACCCAACACCACCGCAUCUGGCCCCUGUACCUGCAGUUCGUGCGGCUGUACCCGCUGCCGGAGACCGCCGUGCGGGUGUACCGCCGCUUCCUCAAGCUGAGCCCCGAGAGUGCUGAGGAGUUCAUAGGUUACCUGUGUGCCGCCGGGCGCCUGGAUGAGGCUGCCACACGCCUGGCACAGCUGGUCAAUGACGAGCGCUUCGUGUCCCAGCAUGGCAAGUCCAACUACCAGCUGUGGCAGGAGCUGUGUGCGCUGCUAUCCCAGCACCCCGAGCGCAUCCGCUCUCUGGACGUCGGCUCCAUCAUCCGCGGAGGCCUCACUCGCUUCACUGACCAGCGCGGGCGCCUGUGGGGAGCCCUGGCUGAGAGCUGCGUGCGCAGCGGCCACUUCGAGAAGGCUCGGGAUGUGUAUGAAGAGGCUGUACAGACAGUGAUGACUGUUCGAGACUUCACGCAGGUGUUUGACAGUUAUGCUCAGCUUGAGGAGAGUCUCAUAGCAGCACAGCUGGAGAGUGCGGCUGUGCGGCCACUGGAGCCUGGGGAGGAGGUGGAGCUGGAGCUGCGCCUGGCUCGCUUCGAGCGCCUCAUGUCCCGGCGGCCGCUGCUGCUCAACAGUGUCCUGCUGAGGCAGAACCCUCACAAUGUGCACGAGUGGCACAAGCGGGUGCAGCUGUACCAGGGACAGCCAGAGCAGAUCAUCCGCACCUACACUGAGGCUGUUCGCACUGUGGAUCCCCUCAAGGCCAUGGGGCAGCCCCACAGCCUGUGGGUCGCGUUUGCCAGAUUCUAUGAGGACAACGGACAGCUGGAGGAUGCCCGCACCAUCCUGUCCAAGGCCACCCAGGUUCGGUUCCGCCACGUCGAGGACUUGGCUGCAGUUUGGUGUGAGUUUGGGGAGAUGGAGCUGAGGCACAACAACUAUGAACAGGCGCUGAGCAUCCUGCGGCGCGCCACUGCCCUCCCCUCCCGUCGAGCCGAGUACUUCGACAGCAGUGAACCCGUCCAGAACCGACUGUACAAGAGCCUCCGUCUGUGGUCAAUGCUGGCGGACCUGGAGGAGAGCCUGGGCACCUUCCAGUCCACCAAGGCCGUGUACGAGCGCAUCCUGGACCUGCGCAUUGCCACCCCCCAGAUCAUCAUCAACUAUGGGCUGUUCCUGGAGGAGCGAGGAUACUUCGAGGAGAGCUUCAAGGCCUACGAACGGGGGGUGUCGCUGUUCCGGUGGCCGGCGCUGGCUGACAUCUGGCUCACUUACCUCACCAAGUUCGUGGCACGUUAUGGGGGCCGCAAACUGGAGCGGGCGCGAGACCUGUUCGAACAGGCGCUGGACGGGUGUCCCCCCCGGCACGCCAAGACCAUCUACCUGCUGUACGCCAAGCUGGAGGAGGACUUCGGCCUCGCUCGCCAUGCUAUGGGUGUCUAUGACCGCGCCACGCGCGCGGUGUUGCCGGCGCAACAGCCGGACAUGUACAACAUCUACAUCCGCAGAGCAGCUGAGCUCUAUGGGGUCACACACACCCGGCCCAUAUACCAGAGAGCCAUCGAGGUGCUGGGUGACGACGCCGCCCGCGAGCUCUGCCUUCGCUUUGCAGACAUGGAGAGCAGGCUGGGGGAGGUGGAUCGAGCCCGAGCCAUAUACAUCUACUGCUCCCAGCUCUGUGACCCACGGAUCACGGGCCCGUUCUGGCAGACCUGGAAGCAGUUUGAGCUGCGUCAUGGCAACGAGGACACCAUCCGGGAGAUGCUGAGGAUCAAACGCAGUGUCCAGGCCACAUACAACACACAGGUCAACUUCAUGGCCUCCCAGAUGCUCAAGGUCUACAGCAACGCGACAGGCACCGUGUCAGACCUGGCCCCAGGUCAGAGUGGUCUGGAUGAGAUGAAGCUGCUGGAGCAGCGAGCGGAGCUGAUGGCGGCUGAGGCUCAGAGAGACACUGCCCCCCCCCGGCACAAGCUGCUCUUCGUCAGGGGGGAGGCUCCGCGGGAGGCUCUGGCAGCUCUGACACAGGAGGGGAACCCGGAUGAGAUAGAGCUGGGGGAUGAGGAGGAGCCUGAACCUGAUGAGGUGCCCCUGGAGCAGAAGCAGGUCCCCAGCUCUGUCUUCGGUGGCCUCAAGGACGACUGAAGGGGGUCCCCCAGACCCCCCCCCCAACCCC